CCCGGGUAGGCUGAGCCGAGUUCUUGUAAUUAUGGCCAAGCCCGGGGUGGCGCUGGGUUCGGAGAGCACCGCUGCGGCCACUGUGCUAAAACGGGCRGUGGAACUAGAUUCGGAGUCUCGGUACCAGCAAGCUCUUGUGUGCUACCAAGAGGGGAUUGACCUGCUCCUGCAGGUUCUGAAAGGGACCAAAGAUGAUGCUAAAAAACGUACUCUCAGAGAAAAAAUUUCAGGCUACAUGGAUAGAGCAGAAAACAUAAAAAAAUAUGUGGAUCAAGAAAAAGAAGAUGGAAAAUAUCACAAGCAAAUUAAAAUAGAAGAGAAUGCGACAGGAUUCAGUUAUGAGACACUUUUUAAAGAAUACCUUAAUGAGACAGUUACAGAAGUUUGGAUAGAAGAUCCUUAUAUUAGACAGAUUCAUCAGCUAUAUAACUUACUUCGAUUUUGUGAGAUGCUUAUUAAGAAACCAUGUAAUGUAAAAACUAUUCACCUUCUCACCUCUCUAGAUAAGCAGGGGUAUGUGAAAGAGUCACAAAGAAAUGGCCUAGAAGAAAUAAAAAUGUCACUCAGUAGACAUGGAGUGCUUUUGGAAAUAGAAUACUCUUCUUCAAUACAUGACCGAGAAAUUAGGUUCAACAAUGGAUGGAUGAUUAAGAUCGGAAGGGGACUUGAUUAUUUUAAGAAACUGCAGGGUCGUUUUCCCCUUGGAUACCAUGAUUUUGACCUGAGGCCAUGUCAUGAAACAACAGUGGACAUUUUUCAUAACAAGCAUACAAAAAAAAUAUGAUGGAUAGUGGCCUAGUCAAUAUAUAUUUCUACUUUCAGUGAUAUCUUAGUCCAUUUUCUGUUGCUAUACCUGAAUACCACAGGCUGGAUAAUUUAUAAAGAAUAGAGGUUUAUUUAGCUCUUGGUGGAGGCUAAGACAUCUUAAGAACAUGGUGCUGGCAACUGGUGAGGACCUUCUUUAUGCACAUGGAGGACGGCAUCACAUGGCAAGACAAAGCAAGCAUGCCAGAGAGCUUAACAAAGCCACUCCCAUGAGGCACAGCCCUCAUGACCCAGUCAUCUUCCAAAGGUCCCACCUCAACACUGCUGUACUGGGGACCAUGUUUCCAACACAUGAACUCUUGGGGAACACUAAAUUUAAACUAUA